GAAGGACUAACGGGGUCAGUCAGUUUGAUUCACGGAAGCCAAACGGACCCCAAAAUGGCGAUGUUAGGCUGUUUGUUGUCCCUCAUAGUCUUAGUUCAGCUUUUCCACGAUGCGUUCUCCUGUCCAUGCUCGUGGACAACCUGCCGUCACCAAUGGCGAAAUGAUUGGAAUCCAUCCUACGCACCACAAGGAACAUGUGUCUACCAAUCAAGGGGAGCUCAUUUUAUCUAUACUAGACAUAGUGGUAGAGUACGUUGCCCAAGUUCCCAGGGAUGCAGACCCGCGUAUCAGCGGCAAAAGAUUUGUUCAUGCCGUCAAGUCUACUCCUGCCCCUACAACCACUGGACCCAAUGGUCUGGGAGUGUUCCCACUGGGACGUGUAGGCAGCAGUCUCGUUCAAGAAGCUACAAAGAAGCCGUCAGGUAUAUCAAUAGACAUCAUUCCUGUGGUGGAAUACGAAGCACAUGUGGAGCCACACAGUACAACUACAGAACAUUUUGUUCCUGUAGUUAUGCAGUAUGUAACCUAGGUCAGUGGAGUUCCUGGACAGAUCUUCCCAAACCCGUCAGUAAUGAUCAUUGUGCGUCGCAAAAAAGGCGGCGUAGCUAUAGCAGGACCUGGGCUUACAUGCCCAGAAGAGACAACUGUUAUGGUGUACAACCGCAAAAUUGUCCCGCAGAUCAGGAAGAAACAAGAGAAAAAGUCAUUACAUGUUCGCCGCUACCAAGGCCCCCUCACGGAAAGUGGGAACCUGAAGACUGUAGCGUCAACAGUCGAGUGUGCACAAGUUAUUGCAGACUACAGUGCAAUAUCAGAAAUGGUUAUGAAAUAUCAGGGCCCGCUGCCAGACAGUGUCAAGCCAAUGGAGAAUGGUCUACACCUUGGAACUCCUCUUGUAAAGACGUUCAAGCGCCUAAUAUAGUUUGCCCGUCCCCUCGCGUGGUGGGCAAUGACAUAGGUAGGAACACAACUCGCAUCACUCUACCAACAGUGGUGGCAACAGACAACGACGGCAAAGUACCCAGGGUGACUCACGAUGUUGGUGCAGCGGUUAAAGACUUUGAAAUCAAAGACACGUACCAUAUUGUCAAGUAUACAGCCAUUGAUGAAACUGGUAACAAUGCAUCCUGCUUUUGGCAGGUCACGGUUAAAGAUACAGAGCGUCCAACAGCUGUGACUUGCCCAGAUGACAUCAAAGUCGAAACAAGCCAGAACCAAGUUCGCGUAAAUUGGAAAAACCCAACAUUUGUAGACAACUACGACAAGCCCCCGCUUCGAAUCAAAAGCAACAAAAACCCUGAAGUGUUGUUUCCAUGGGGAAAACAUAAAGUCAUCUAUACUGCAUUUGACCGGGCUAAUAACAAUGCCAGCUGUGAAUUCUUUGUUGAAGUAGGCCCUGUUAAAUGUCCAUUGUUCGACCCACCGCAAUACGGAAUACGCGCGUGUAACAAAAAGGUUCAGUCACCAAACUCUGUGGACUACGAAAUGUUCUGCAACGUGCAGUGCAAGAAAGGAUACGCCUUUGCUAAAUCGACGCCUCAACUGUAUAUGUGUAAAUCGAAUGGAAUCUGGAAUAAAAUGGUCGACGGAGUUGCAAUUCCCCUAGGUAACAUCGAAAACAAGCCUUGGCCUGACUGUGCACCCGAGCAGGCAGCUAGCGCAGCCAUGAAAGAGUUCACGUUUUACACAGGAGCUUGCAUAGGGGAUGAAGGAGAAGCCUUAAAUCAGAUUCGAAAUAACUUCCUCUAUGCAAUCAAAAAGAUUCCAUUGGCUAAAUUCUUACUUUGUAAAAUUAGCCAAGGUCUAGACUGUGUGGUCAGCAAUGUUAAAGCGUACUGUGGAUCGAGAUCUAAGCGGAGUGGAGGGUCAGAGACGCAGAGAAUCAUCACUUUAGAUUUUAUCGUGAACAACACACAUCCAAGCACUGACCGUAAACUUUUGGCUAAAAAGCUUCACAAAAUGCUCAAGGAACUUGGUGAUCUGGAGGCUUACCUGAAGAAAAAGCUUCCAUCACUCUCUGACAUGCCAAACCUUACAGUAGAGGCUAAACAGGCCACAGCAUUUUGUCCAGCACCAAAAGUGAAGAGGAUUUUGGAUGGUCAGGGCUCUGAGAUUGAAAGAUCAAUUUGUGUCGAAUGCCCAAUAGGGACACACUACAGCAACAACACACAAUCCUGUAAUCUCUGUGAAGUUGGGAGCUACCAGGAUAACAUUGGCCAGAUCUCUUGUAAGCCUUGUCCACCAGGAAAACUUUCGAUAGAACAAGGAGCCACGAACGUUACUCAGUGUUAUGAUGCGUGCAAGCCAGGGGAAUAUGCACACGUUACAACAGGAGGUGCCAUUACUUGCCUAGCAUGUCCAAUAGGAAGCUACCAACCGAAAGCACUUUCCAAAUCUUGUCUCAAGUGUCCUCAAGGAAAAACAACUAGUCGGGUUGGGGCGGUUGCUCUGGAGGACUGCAAAUAAACAAGAAAGAUGUGGAUUUAACGCCUCAAGUACAUCAGAGACUAAAAACAAAUUAGAAUGAUUAGACACGUAUUAUCUGGACCGUUUAUUCAAUAAAAUAUGGACGCAGCUAUUAACAUGUA